AUGUGCAAAGCUUUACCAGCGCCACGAUCAUACCCGUCCACUAUCUCGAACCGCAAUCGAUAUGCCUCAUCAGACACAACUCCCACUAGGAACGAAAGACCAUCGUUGUGGGAUCGUAUAUUCCACCGGAGUCGCAUACGUGACCAUCAAGCGCACGUGAAUCAAGAACACACCAAGCCACUACCAGAUCUGUCCUUCAGCAGCACUGGUAGUUACGAAGAGACAUCGGCUCAGUUGUUUAAUUUAUCGCGUGCACUUUCACGCAGUCCUACCGGUGCAGAGCUGAAAUUGCGCUGCACAGAAUUUGAUAAGAAUGGAAACGUUACAUUGGUUUCAGGAGAAUUCAAGAAGAGCGAGUUGAUUGCGAAAUAUGGGCUUCUGCCACGAGAUUUGCGCAAAAUAGACAGCAGUGUAUUGCCCCAUAUACUGGUUCGACCGACUGCGAUUUUACUAAACCUCCUCCAUCUUCGAGUCCUCAUUCAAUCCGAUCGAGUCCUUGUUUUUGAUGCCUAUGGCAGCACGGACUCGUACACGCAGUCUCUUUUCAUGUACGAUCUAGAAGGCAAACUUCAUCAAAAGACAACCGCAAACUCGUCAGUCAUCUCAGAUCCAAAUACUCCCAGCAACACAUACCUCCCCUACGAGUUUCGCGCCCUCGAAGCAGUCCUUAUCUCCGUGACCAGUGGUCUAGAAGCAGAAUUCGCCCUGGUCAGAGAGCCAGUAACGCACAUCUUACGAGAGCUAGAAGAAGACAUUGAUCGUGAAAAACUGCGACAUCUACUUAUUCACUCGAAAAAGCUAGGAACUUUUGAACAAAAAGCGCGACUGGUCAGGGAUGCGCUCUACGAACUACUCGAAGCAGACGACGACCUAGCAAGCAUGUAUCUCACCGAACGAAAGACAACAGGAAAACCAAGACCCACACAAGAACACACCGAAGUUGAAAUGCUCCUAGAGUCCUACCACAAAAUCUGUGACGAAGUCGUCGAGAUCUCAGGCAAUUUAAUCUCCAACAUCCGCAACACCGAGGAAGUAGUCAAAGCCAUCCUGGACGCAAACCGCAACCAGCUCAUGCUCUUCGAAAUCAAAGUCUCAAUCGCAACACUCGGUCUCGCGGGCGGAACACUAGUCGCAGGUUUCUACGGCAUGAACCUCGAAAAUUUCAUCGAAGAAACAAAUUGGGGCUUCGGCGCCGUCACUGGCUUCUCCAUCGCCUUCAGCGGCUGGUUGUGUGUCUACGGCCUCAGGAAAUUACGCAAAGUCCAGAAAGUGCGAAUGUGGGGAGAAGGAGGCAUGGAUCUAUAUAGCCCAAACCACGGCGCUAAGAGUGUUGCGUUGCGACGAGAGGCCCUUGCUCGUGGACCUGGAACUGGAGCUAGUCAGGGAAAUUGGAGAGCUGAGGCGCUGGAAGCAUUGGCAAUGACUAAAGAAAGAGAACGAAAACUAAACGCUAGGUUUGGUGGUCCAGGUUUGGCUGCUGGUGGAAUGGCUGUCAGUGCAACUUCUGGACCUGUGCUAUGGCCAGGUAUGGAAGGACUGGGCCUGCAUAAAUACAGUUCAGACUCCUUGGGUGACAUGGAAGACACAAACUCUGAUGCAGACGAUGCAGGAAGUCGGCUGAGUCUGCUGAAGAAACAGAAAGCAAAAGUGAAAGAACCAGCCUCGGUCAGUGUCAAGGACGACACGGCUAUUGGAUUAACAGAAAAGGGAACGAAGAAGUGA